AUGGCUGCCGCCUCUUCUUCCGGUAGUGAUACUAGCUCAGUCCUCUCGAGUUCGCCUGAGCCAGACAACAAACAGAAGCAGACUUUGAAAGCAAGCUCGAAGGCCAAGGAUGACGCUGAAUCGUCAAGCUCUUCGGGCUCUAGCGAUUCAGAAAGCGAUUCAAGCUCCAGUGAGAUGGACACAUCAGAGGAUGAAGCCGAGACUCGACCACGGGGCAAGAAGUAA